AUGUCCCACUCACCGGUGCGCAACAUCAGAGACAAGAGCAUCCGCGCCUGUGACGGCUGCCGGCGCAUGAAGGUCAAAUGCGUGGACAAGGAGACGCCGCCCUGCAGGCGGUGUAAGGCGAACCGCGUCGAAUGCAAGUUCAACCUCACGCCUGGGAUACCAGAGCCCGAGGCGAGCCCGGACGAGCGGCUGCGCGCGCUCGAGGCGCAGAUCGCCGGCUUGCGUGAAGAGAUGGCAACGCUCGUCCGUGGGACCGGUGGUACUGCGGGGUUCGCGCCGGCGAUGGCCAUGACCCCCGACGACGAAGAGGACCACGAGCACAUCGUGCGCGUAGUGCAUGCUCCCGAGGCGGCCGCGGGCAGCGAGGAGGACGAUGAGGAGGUCGUCGCGCCACUGCGGGCCGAGGACGUCGACCGUCAUCAAGCCUCGCCAGGCCGCAAGCGCAAGCGCACAGCGUCCCCUUCGCCGUCUGCCCGGCUACCCGCAGCGCCGAACCCGGAACAAGCCGACGCCGGCGUCGCGGACCCGGUGUCCGCGGGGUUCUGCACCGAGGCCGAGGCGCGGCGCCUCUUCGACCGGUUCAUGAAGCAUGCCCACGCGUUCGUGCCCGUCCUCGACCCGGCGCGGGACACGUUCGAGCGACUCCGGGCCAAGCCGUUCGUCCUCACUGUCAUCCUGUUGACUUCCGCACAGGUCGAGGACGCGUACCGCGCCCCGAGCGCGCUGCAGGUCCAGUGCCGUGCGUUGGCACAGUCGAUGUCCAACGCCACGCUGUUCUCGGCGCAGGCGAGCCUGGACACGGUACAGGCCAUGGUCACGCUCGGCUCGUGGUCCGACCUGUCGUGGCGGCCUAUCAGCUAUGCCCUCAGCUUGGGCUCCGAGAUGGGGCUGUACAAGUGUCUCCCGCACCUCAUCCGGACGGGGCUAGGCGCCGGCCGCACGAGGGCACAGGCCGAGUCUGACCGGCCGGCGGUGGACGGCGCGCGGGUGUGGAUGGCUCUGCAGAAGAUGCGCCUCGAAAUUGCGUUCAACGAGGGCCGGCCGGUGCCGUUCGUCGACGAGCCGCUUGACAAGCUGCGGUCGCUCCUCCGUCAUCCGUUGGCGGACAUCAACGACAGCCGGAGCAUCGUGGCCAUCGAGUUCCUGCAGCCGCGGGUGCCCCUGCACCACGUGUGGACGCCGGACGAGGGCGACUGCCUCCCCACUGCCGAGAUCGCGCGCGUCAACGAUACGUUCGAGAGCCGCUUCCACUACUGGUCGAGCUAUUACGCGCGCGCCGGCCUGCCGCGCGACCACUUCCUCUUCCUCCAGCUCGAGUGCCAGCGGUCGCAUGCCAUCCUCCACACCAACAUCAAGCUCCUGCGCGGCGUCCGCUCGCGUACCGACGUGCGCCUCAUGUCCAAGGACCGGCGCGAGAUCCUCGUGACGGCGCUUCAUGCGGCCGACUUUGUGGUCACAGAGUUCGUGCACGGAAGCCAGGGCGCACACGCCGAGUGGGGGAACCGGUACUUCCACAUCGCGACAGUGUUUGCGGCCCGCGCACUGCUGCGCCUCGCCACCCUCCUGCCCGAACAUGUAGACCUGCACCGCGUCGGCGGCGACCUCGACGCGCUGGUCGGAAAGCUCCCGUGGCUGCCCGGCUACCCGUUUGCCUCGCUCAUGAGCAAGAUUAUCCGCCGCGCACGCCGGAACGGCGCCCUGCCGUGGCCUCUGGGCGGCACUACGCCUGGAGCGCCGGACACGGGGGUGACCCCCAGCGACGUGCCGUCGGCGUCAGAGGCAAGCGACCCGUUCGACCUCUUCUCGAUGGAUAACCUGUUCCCGCUGUUCGAUCUCAGCCAGCUGUCAGAGGAUUCAGAGGUGAACCUCGACGGGCAGGACUGGUUCGACGCAGUCCGCAUGCCCGACCUCCCCGCCACCGCGGUGUAA